GCAGCGGCUACUCGAUGCGAUGCGAUGGUCCUGGCGCGCGCGUACCACGAUUAUGAAUGCCUGAUGACUGCAUCGCUGCGUCCUCCUUCCUUCCUUUGUGUCGCACUCCCACUUUAAACGCUAUAGCCGCUGCUGACGACGUACCGUCUGCGUUCUGUUCUGCCGCUUAUUGUUAUAGCUACAUAUCGAGGCAGCGCUAGCCAGAGGCCGGAGCGCGCGCGGUUGCGGAAGAUGGCCGGCACCGGCAGGGCGAUGAGGGCGGAGCAGCCGAGGCCGCACUGGCGCGAGCGGCAGGAGCAGCGGAGCCCCGACUUGGCCGUGCCCAGGCCGCCGCGCCCGCGGCUCGCCGGGCCGGCCAGGGUGGCCGUCGUGUACUACCUGGCCAGGAACGGCCACCUCGAGCACCCGCACUUCAUGGAGGUCGCGCUGGCGUCGCCUGAGGGCCUCUACCUCCGAGAUGUGAUCGAUCGGCUCGACGCGCUGCGGGGCAAGGGGAUGUCGCGCAUGUACUCGUGGGCGUCCAAGAGGACCUACCGGAACGGGUUCGUGUGGCACGACCUCACCGACGACGACUACGUGCACCCGGUGGCCGGGCGGGAGUACGUGCUCAAGGGCACCGAGCGGCUGAGCGCACCGACGAUACAACAACAGCUCCCGCUACUCGACGCGGCGGCCGCGGCGUCGUCCUGCUCCUCCGGCUCCCAGGAGACCGCGGCGUCCUCGUCGUCCGGGUGGGAGCAGCGCGGCCAGAGAAAAGGCGCCGGCGCCGGCGAGUACAGGGUGUACAGGGCCGAGGACCGCGCCGCGGCAGCAGCGGACGCGGCGACGCAGACCGACGACGGAUGCCGCCGCGGCCGCCAGAGGCGCGCGCAGGAGGAGCUGGGCCGGGAGGAGACGUCGCCGCCGACGGCGUCCACGAGCCCGGACACGCUGGAGACCCUGAUCAAGGCGGACGGCCGCGUCCUGGCGGCCGUAACCACCACCGGCGGCGGCGGGAGCAGGGCGAGGGCGUCGUCGGUGCUGAUGCAGCUCAUCUCGUGCGGGUCCGUGUCGGUCAAGGGCGGGCUGGCCACGCCCGUGAUGCCGCGCGGUGUGCACGCGCACUACCGCCCGCGGCCGCCGCGCGCGCCGGCGCACGCGGCCGCCGUGACGCUGACGCCGACGCAGACCCGAAGGCAGAAGGUGGUGGAGGACAAGGAGUACUUCAGCGGGAGCCUCGUGGAGACGCAGCGCUCGGCCGCCGCCGACGACGCGUGCCAGGACCUGGCCGUGCUCCGGCGGUCGUCCUCCUACAACGCCGACAGGUGUUCGACGGUUGACUUGCUCCUCCUGGCUGGCCGUGGUGGCAGGGGAGAGGAGCGCGGCAACGAAGAUUACAGCAAGGUUUGUUCCCCGGCCGGCCACGGUGGCGAGGGGGGAACUACUUUGCUGUCUCCUGUGAAGAGCGGAGCGGAUAGGGUUCGCUGGUGUCACCUGAUCAAGUGCUGCGCUGCCCGAUCUCUUUCUCUGUCCGGCCAUGGAGGCGAGGGGAGAAGAAGGGGUGGUGCGGAGCUUUCGAAUGAACGACGCCAGCUCUAUCUCCGGUGGUUCCUGUUUAAACGCAAACACACAGCUGCCGUCAUGGCCGCUGUGAUCUGCAGCCGACGAGACGGCUGUCUCUUUGCCUUCAAGAUGGAGGCAUCUUCCUGUUCCUACUGGAGCUCGACGCCACCUUGCAGCCAAGUGAUUCGUUCCCGUCGGCGAGGAGGUUGCCAGUGGGGGUGGUUUCUCGCCGGACGGAAGAGUUUUAACACCUUCUCUCCAUUCCUUGGUGGCGACGCUUUGAGGAUGCCGGCGAGCAUCGACGGUGGUGCUCCAGGACCUGAUUGCUUUUCUAUAUUUUGUUCUAGGGUGUGUUUUGUAAAGUUGCAGGCCUUAUCUUUAAAUUCUAGGUUCAUUAGGGCAAGUAUUGUAAAGGACCUGUAUGCAAAUUGUACCCGUCACGUGUCACGACAAUAAAAUACCACCUCUUGUU